CGCCCCCAGACACGCACCGCACAGCCACACGCGUACACCCGUACACCGUACGCAGCCAUGGCAUCAGUAGGCUUCGGCACGGUCGCGCCGGCCGUGGCAUCAUCGCCGGCGGCCAGGACGACGAGCAUGGGCCGCCCCUCUGCGGCGCACGUCCCUGCGGCGACGACCAAGUUCGUCGCGGCGGCGGCGGGUAAGCGGGUGGAGGAGAAGGGCCUGUUCGACACCAUCUUCGGCGCGCUGUACAAGGAGGAGCAGCUGCUGGAGACGGACCCCGUCCUGAACAAGGUGGGGAGCAAGGGCAAGGCCGCCGCCGCCCCGGCGCCCAAGAAAGCCGCUGAAGAGGGCGGCAACGGCGGGCUCAGCCUCGGCGGGUUCUUCUCCAGGCCCAAGAAAGGGUGAGGAUCGUUUUGCGCUGCUCUUACUUUCUUGUACGUAAUCCUUGGAUUGGAAUGGACGGCUCGCAUGUUGUGUGUGUAUAUAUAUAUGGCACAAAUGAGAGCAGAGCACCAGCGUAUAACUAAUUCCUUCCUUUUCAGUUGAUCUCGCCCUGUGUUCUGCAAGCACACACCCCAGCCAGCAUCAGUGGUUCACUGCUGGCUGUUGAUCAUCAUCAUCAUCACUAGUAAAUGUAGCAGUUGUGUGUCUAUGUAUAAAUGUACUGAAGCUCGUGUAGCACCCUGGCUCUUGGAUGAAAGCCCAUUAUUGUUACCAGCA